CCUGGAGCCGGGCCCGCGUUGGAGUGUGCUUGUGUGUGUUCUAAUGUGUUUCAGUUCCACGCCGACGCCCUCCCUGGCCGGCCGAGGCGUGAGGCGGCCCACGCGCCGCCGGCUCCCACUUUCAGGGUAUGCCUUGGAGACUUGCCGCCGCCGAAGACCAUUGCAACGGAUGUCGAUUGGCGCAGCGAAAGCGUUAGCAUUUGUCUCACUCCUGUCGUAUACAGGACAAGCAGCUCGCUGAUGCUUUCUCUAGCCUAGUAGUUGGGAAGCUAGUGGGCUCGUUUCCUCCGACAGCGGCGUCGCGUCAGGCGUUGGCCUUUGGCUUUGGAGGCCGGAGCGGAAGCGCUUGGCUGCCGCGGCGGAUCAUCACCGGGCCACUCUCUUGGUGCAGGGGCGCACAACAGAGAAGGACAAGCACCAAGAGGACGCCCGCCGUUCGGUGCCGGAAGCAGUGCAGCCAGUGAGCCGGCGCGCGCCCGCUUUGCUUCGUUUUCGCGCAGCCAGC